GAUAUAUUUUGUCUCGGAGGUCUCGAAUGUGUCUUUCGUUUGAAUCAACUCGAAUUGCACUUGCGUCACUCUGAGAUCCCCCGCAGAUAACAAUUGCUUUUUCAACAUGUCGUCUCAUAUCAAUCUACAACUCGGCUGGCCAUCACCUCGGCUCUAUCCUGCUGAACAGCUUGCAGCAGCCGCAGCUAUUCUUUCUGACCCGGAUGUCGCAAAGGUUGCGCUCAUGUAUGGUCCGGAUCUGGGAUACGCCCCGUUUCGAGAAUCAGUUGCAAAAUGGUUGACUUCAUUCUACGAGCCACCGUCAGGCUCUAUUCCUAUCGAGCGAAUACUCAUCACAGGCGGAGCAUCACAGAAUUUGGCAAGCAUAUUACAGGUCUUUUCAGAUCCGCACAUCACAAGGAGAAUAUGGAUGGUCGAACCAACCUAUUUUUUGGCAUGCACGAUAUUCCAAGACGCUGGCUUUGCAGACAGGCUACGAGGAGUUCCAGAGAAUGAACAGGGGCUCGACAUCGAGUUUCUGCGCAAAGAGCUCGCCAAAUUUGAGUACGAGGCGAGCCAGAAUGGUGUAUUUCAUGAAAUAAAGCCAUCGAGUCAAUAUGGCAAGAUUUUCAGACAUAUACUAUAUCUGACCCCUACAUUCUCAAAUCCAAGUGCAAAGACCAUGUCGACACCAGUUCGAGAACAGCUUAUAGCCUUGGCACGAGAGUACGAUAUCCUACUCAUCUCAGAUGAUGUCUACGACUUCUUGCGAUGGCCUGCUGAAGAUCGCAAAGCUCAUUCCAUCAAAUUGGCACCCAAUCCGCCUCGAUUGGUUGAUCUAGAUCGUGCUACGAGCUCAGACGACUCUUGGGGAAACAGUAUUAGUAAUGGAUCGUUCUCAAAAAUCGUUGCUCCUGGUGUCCGCGUUGGUUGGGCAGAGGCAUCACCAAAGAUCAUUCUGAGACUCUCACAAAAUGGUGCUACUACUUCAGGCGGUGCUCCAUCACAUCUUACCUCAACGUUUCUUGACCACCUUCUGAGUACUGGCGCCAUGCAAAAACACAUCGACGAAGUUUUAAUACCCACCUACCAAUCCAGAUACCGAGUGCUCAUGGCAGCUCUCAAAACUCAACUCGAGCCUUUGGGUGUUAGAAUUACGACUGGGGCUCCGUACACCAUCCCCGCAGAUGAGAACACUAUCGUUCCUGUUGGAGGCUUCUUCACCUACAUCUCGUUCCCACCUCGAUUACCCAGUGCAGGGGUUAUCGCAAAACGAGCCAAGGAGGAGUACCAGUUGACGUUCGCCUACGGAGAAAUGUUCGUGGUGAAAGGCGACGAGACGAGUGUUGAGCGAUCAAAGCAGGGGUUUGGGAAUGGAGCGCGACUUUGUUGGGCAUGGCAUGAACAGGAUGAGAUAGAAGAGGGGAUCAGCAGGCUCGCAAAAUUGCUCAAGAUUCUGUUGGCUGAAGGCUCAGCUUGAACUCAAGCUACAGCAUAUACUAAGAAUCUCGCAAAAUUCCCAAAGUCGGCCGCUCUUCCCCGCAAUCUUGUGUCGUUCCGGUCAAGAGACCUGCAUUCUCUCGCUUACUCAGAAAUGCAAUUUUUCAGCCCUAAGCUUACAAUAUCGUCGACAACCAUGCAUCUUACUCACCACACCCAACUUCUCUUGUUGGGUACGAUGCCUAGUUAGCCUAUGAGAGUGUUUCAAUAUGUCCGCUUAGUGGCGGAUCUCGGUGAUCAGGGGCAAAAGGACCCCUUUCCUCGCUA